CUUGGAUGGGCGCUGCGGCCUUCGCGGCCACGGGACUUGAUGGGUGGGGUUGGCUGUGUCUGUAGAUGAAGGGGUUAGCGGAGCCGCCAUGUUCACCCAGCAGCUCCAACAACAGCAGCUCCAGCAACAGCAGCAGUUGCUGCAAAUCCAGCAGCUGCUCCAGCAGUCCCCCCCGCAGGCCCCCUUGCCCCUGGCGGUCAGCCGGGGGCUGCCCCAGCAGCAGACACAGCAGCAGCUUCUGAGCGUCCAGGGCACCGGCUCUGCCUCCCUCCUCAACGGGCCUAUGCUACAGAGAGCUCUGCUGCUGCAGCAGCUGCAAGGACUGGACCAGUUUGCAAUGCCACCAGCCACGUAUGACAGUGCCUGUCUCACCAUGCCCACGGCAACACUGGGGAACCUGCGUGGGUACAGCCUGGCAGCCCCGAGCCUCUCGCCCCCGCAGCUGGCCACCCCGAACCUGCAGCAGUUCUUUCCUCAGGCCACGCGCCAGUCCCUGCUGGGCCCCCCUCCCGUCGGACUCCCCAUGAACCCCCCGCAGCUCGGCCUCUCAGGGCGGACCCCCCAGAAGCAGGCCCGGACCCCUGCCUGCACCACCCCUAGUCGCAAGGAUUCCUCUUCUCAGACGGUGCCCGGGGAAGACAGGCCAGACCCCCCAGAGGGGUCUGAAGCAGCUGCAGCGCCCCCAGAGGAGGUGCCUGAAGACCAAGAUUCGGCCCCCUGCCCAGACACCAUCUCUAGGGAGAAGCACGCGCUGCCGCCUGAGCCCGAGCCCGAGCCCGAGCCCGAGCCUUGUGAGCUGUCGGAGCCCCCGGCCAAGAGGUCAAAGAGCUCCGAGGAGCCCGCAGAGCCGGCGCCCACAGGACAGCUCAAGGUGAAGGUCCAGCCCCAGGCCCGGACGACAGCACCAAAGCAGACACAGACGCCGGAGCUACUGCCCGAGCCAGUGGAAGCCCGGGUGCAGCCCCGAUUCCAGCCACGGGUUCUGCAGGUCCAGGCCCAGGUGCAGCCGCAGACUCAGCCACGGAUGCCGCCAGCGGAGCCCCGGGUGCAGCCAAAGCUGCAGAAGCAGGCACAGACACAGACCUCCCCAGAGCACUUGGUGCCGCGGCAGGAGCAGGCGCAGCCCGGGCGGCUGCGGGAGGCAGAGCCCCAGAAGCAGGUGCAGCCGCCAGCACGCCCGCCGCCCCCGAGGCAGGCGGAGCCGCAGCCGCUGAAGCAGGCCCAGACGCAGACGUAUCCACAGGUACUCCCCCAAGCACAGCCAGGGCUCCAGCCGCAGGAGCAGCCUGCUGAGCAGUUGCCAGAGCGGACCCAGCCACACGCGUCGUGGCCAGCACCGGAGCAGGCCCCGGUUCCGGUUCACGCCACAGCGCCGGAGACGCCGUCUGAUUCGGGAGAAGCUGCGGGAGACGAGGGCGAGGCCUUGCCGGAGCCACCGGGCGCCCAGGACGGCGUGGAAGAGAGUGGGGAGGAGCCGGCCCGUGGCCUGGACGUGGGAGAAUGUGAACGAAGGGCGCGAGAGAUGCUAGGGACGUGGGGCGCCGGGGGCUCCCUGAAGGUCACCAUCCUGCAAAGCAGCGACAGCAGGGCCUUCAGCACCACGCCCCUCCCACCCGGCCCGCGUCCCGGCGGUGACGCCUCCCGUGUGCCCGCGGCCGCCAGCCCGCCCUCUAAGCCGGGCCUCCAGUUCUUCUGCUACAUCUGUAAAGCCAACUGCAGCAGCCAGCAGGAGUUCCAGGACCACAUGCUGGGGGCUCAGCACCAGCAGCGGCUCGGGGACAUCCAGCACAUGAGCCAAGCCUGCCUGCUGUCCCUGCUGCCUGUGCCCCGGGACGUCCUGGAGAGAGACGAGGAGCCUCCGCCCCGGCGCUGGUGCAACACCUGCCAGGUCUACUACGUGGGGGACCUGAUCCAGCACCGCAGGACGCAGGACCACAAGAUCGCCAAGCAGUCCCUGCGCCCCUUCUGCACGGCUUGCAGCCGCUACUUCAGGACCCCCCGCAAGUUUGUGGAGCAUGUCAAGUCCCAGGGCCACAAGGACAAGGCCAAGGAGCUGAAGAUGCUGGAGAAGGAGGUGGCUGGCCAGGACGAGGACCACUUCAUCACAGUGGACGCCGUGGGCUGCUUUGAGGGGGACGAGGACGAGGAGGACGACGACGAGGACGACGAAGAGAUUGAGGUCGAGGAGGAACUCUGCAAGCAGGUGAGAUCCAGAGACAUCUCCAUAGAGGAGUGGAAGGGCUCAGAGACCUACAACCCCAACACGGCCUACGGCGUGGACUUCCUGGUGCCCGUGAUGGGCUACGUGUGCCGCAUCUGCCACAAGUUCUACCACAGCAACUCGGGGGCGCAGCUCUCCCACUGCAAAUCCCUGGCCCACUUCGAGAACCUGCAGAAAUACAAGGCGGCCAAGAACCCCAGCCCCACCAGCCGGCCCGUGAGCCGCCGGUGUGCGAUCAAUGCUCGCAACGCCUUGACUGCUCUGUUCACCGCUGGCGGCCGCUCACCCAUCCAGCCCAGCACGCAGGACACGGCCAAGACCGCCAGCAAGGUGACAGCUCAGCUCCCCAAACCGCCCCCUCGGCGCUCCACCCGCCUCAAAUCUUGAUAGAGGGCGCGCCCCGUGCCCGGGGGCCAGGUGGGCUAAGGCUGUCUGGGCUCUGCAGACUUUGACGUGGUUGGCGUUCUUACUUGACAUCAAUAAAGAAGGUAGUUUGGCUA